AUGACGGUGCAAGCUACCAUGACAAAAAGAAGAAAGGAAUCACCAUCAACAUCAAGGGUUGAUGAACUUCCUGCACAUAUCUUGAGAUCAAUCUUCAACAGGUUAAGAUUCAACGAUCUUGUUCAAGCCAAAUCCGUUUGUUGUUCAUGGAACUUACUUGGAGACGAGCUGACUUCAAAGAUGCCAUGGCUCAUGCUUCCGUCCAAGAAACAGGUUGAAGAAGACGAUGGUAUUAAAGUUAACAACAAUGGCUACCAUGGGUUUUUGAAUCUCAAGGAAAAUCGACUUUAUAGCUUGAAGACGGCGCCGAAGGAGUUUAGUGAAUGUUGCUGCAUUGGUUCGUCACAUGGAUGGUUGGUUUUCUUGCAAGAGAAGGCAGUUCCGUUUCUGUUUAAUCCUUUCAAGCAACUGAGGAUCGAACUCCCUUCUGUUGAUCGUCAGCUAGGAUUGGAAAAGAUGGAAACAAGUACGAGAAUGUUUAAUCCAGAAAUCGAUUCUAACCAGAAAACAACGACAAUGGAAACUAUGGAUAUUAUAUGUCAUCGAAACCAUCUCUAUGCUUUGAGCGACAAAAACAGUAUCGAAGUCUGGGAUUUACACAUCGGAGGCAACCAUGUCAAGAAAAAGUCCGACUUCGUUUUUGCUUUUCCCGACAAGUCACUUGCCAAAGAAAAAUCUUUUAGAGAUGUUUGCACCAGCGGGUUUUACUUGGUUGAAUCGUGUGGGGAUCUUUUGUUUGUGGUGAGGUUCAUUGGGGAUUAUGUGGAUUGGGAUGGGACAUUGCUUCAUGAACAGGAUCAUUUGACACAAGACAGCAAUCACCCCAAGGUUUGUCCUUACAGGACAUUCUUGUUCCAUGUUUACAAGAUGGAUUUCAAGGAGCUCAAGUGGGUGGAGAUGGAUACGUUAGGUGAUCGCGCUCUAUUCUUGGGCAGAAAUCAGUUGGCUUCGGUGUCGACUCGGUGUUUUCUGAACUGCGAAAAGGAUUGCAUUUAUUUCAGUGAUGAUUGUUGGGAGAGAAUAGACGAAGAUUACUUGUAUGGAGGGCAUGAUAUGGGGAUAUAUAACUUGAAAGAUGGAAGCUUGAAGCCAGUUUUUGAAUUUUCUUCGGACAAGAUUCAGCCGCAGCCUUGUUGGGUCAUCCCAGACCCAGCCAUGUUUGAAUCCUAG